AUGCCCAAGAACCUCCAAAAAUCUCUUCAAAAUUACAUUUCAAAGAUAAAAAAACCCAAUACCCCAAACAUUCAAUCGAUUCCAUCCUCCAAAAAUUGCAUCCUCUCAGGCUGCAAGUAUCCAAAGACGCCAUCUUUUGUCAUCAAUCGUAACCAAAAUGAGGAUCGCGACAAGUCUAGCAACAACGAUGAUGCUGCCACACUCUCCGACGUUAAUCGAUUUCUCUUCGAGAAUUUCAAAUCACUUUAUAUAACAAACGACGAAGAAUACUUUCACGAAGAGGAGGGUCAUGAUGAAAAUGGAGAUAAUCAACUUCAAAGACCAAAUGAGGUUUUAUUUGAAUCUCCUAGGUUUGUUAUUACCCCACCAAAUCUUCAUGAGUCACAUCGUUUUUUUGUGACACCGGGCACGUCUGGCUCGAUUAUGGAGGAGGCUCGGUCAAGUAGGGCAACCACUUCGAAUGAAAUUAGCUCGAGCGCAAACUCGAAUAAUGCUGUAUCCGAUUCAGUCCAUGAAUCAAAAGAAUAUACCAUGCUUCCUGAUGAUUGCAUUGCUGUUGUGACAUACUCUCCGAGUCCAUACGAUGAUUUUCGAAGGUCAAUGCAAACUAUGGUUGAAGAGAAAUUGAGACACCAUGGAAAAGUUGAUUGGGAUUUCAUGGAAGAGAUUUUAUUUUGUUAUUUGAACUUGAAUGAGAAGAAAUCACACAAGUUCAUAUUGAGUGCUUUUGUGGAUCUCAUCGUUGUUUUGCGUCAAGAUUCAAAAAAUGUUGGUGGAAGAUCAAGGAGGACUCGGAGUCCUCAAAAUGCAAGAGAAAGGAGGAGGAAUAUGAGAUAA